UGUUGACAGUUAUACUUUAUAGGUGUGCUAAGAUCAAUAUUAGUAUGUCCGAAAUGGCGUCGACUAUUGAAAUGGAGGUGGAAUUGAAAUCGAGCGCAAACCAGAUAUGGGAGGCCCUAAAGAACUUGACCACUCUAUUCCCUAAGGCCAUGCCUCACAUAUAUAAGAGUAUUGAGGUCCUCGAAGGUGAUGGACAGUCCGUAGGCUCAAUUCGUCUCGUUAAGAUACACUCCGGAAUACCCGAGAUAUCGAGCAAAAAGGUGAAGUUAGAAAAGGUGGAUGAGGCGAACAAGAGUGUGGAAUACACGGUGAUAGGCGGGGAUUUGCUCCACUACUUCAAAAUUUUCAAGUGGAAGACUAUGGUGAGCUCUAAAGGGGAUGGCUCUGUGGUGAAGUGGUCGUGCAACUACGACAAGGUCAAUGAAGAUUUUCCGAAUUCCAACAUUGUCAAGGAAUUCACAAUCAAGAAAUUCAAGGAACUCGAUGCUUAUCUUCUCAAAGCCAACUAA